AUGCAGCGUCCGUCGCCCGCGCGAUGCUUCACCACGACCACCAUGAACCUCAACGAGCGCCGUGCGCCCAAGCCUCCGCCGCGAAUAAAUCCUCUCAUUGGCGGCAUGCGAGCCAAACCUCUAGAACCCGCCGCUCAAGAACCCGCCGCUCCGGCACGGCCCAAUAUCAACGUCCAGUCCACCAUGACGCCGCCGCCGCCACCGCCGCCUCCCAAGUCUGCCUCCGCCGCCGCCACCAGCCUCCCUCCUCCUCCUCCUCCUUCUUCUUCUUCCGACACCACCUCGCCUGCCCACACAUACUCGGCGACCAGCAAAGGGGUACCGUUUCAGCUGGACGUCACUGGGAUCCUGUCGAGCAAGGCCUCCGACUACGGCCGCUCCGUGCAGCAGGAUGAUCCCCUGACACGGCCGCGCGUGCGCGCCGUUGCCGCGACGGGCCGCACCAUUUUUGUGCGAAACGCCAACCCGGGUCCCAACUCGGCGCCCACGGUCCGCGGCGCGCUGGCCAUGCUUGGCCGCCUCGUCGGCAGCCAGCACGUCAAGAACAAGUACUACUCGCAGAGGUUCCACGAACGGAAGGGUCUGAAGCGCAAGCGUCUCGCGAGCGAGCGUUGGCGGUCUCGUUUCAAGGUCGGCUUCUGCGCGGCGUAUACCCGUGUCCACGAGCUGCGGAAGCAGGGCUGGUAA